AUGCCGAUCACUUCGGACGCAGGUGCCACCAGAUCGAUAUCAUCGGUCUGCACAAUGGGCACGCCGGAGUGCGACGACGAGCUUCACCUUUUCCUCCGCUGCCUUCGAACAUUUCACACGGAUAUACCAGUAAUUGUGGGGUGUACAUCUGAAAUGGUUGGCAUGGGUGGUCAGACUGUUAGUAAGGCUUUUUCGCAGUUCCGUGAGGAUAGGCGCAUCGAGUGGGUGCCAUGUCUUGACCAGUACCUUUCCAUUAAUCGGAGCGCCAUGGAGAAGCAGCGAGGCGUGUGGUACCCUUCAAGGCACGCAGAUUUUAUGAUGGAAAAGACGAACUUAAUGGAGCGCGCCAUGUUGCUUAGAGAACGAUACAGUGAUGAUAAAAAUGCGGCAGUGGCAUUCUUUGACUGCGACGUUGUGCUAUUAGGCGCACUUCCCCGCCUUCCGGCUGGUACGGAGGUGGCGCUCUCACCACACCGAAUUUGCCGCAGAGAUGAGGCCCUUUUUGGGCGCUACAAUGGUGGAUUUGUUGUUGCUACAAAUCCGCUCGUUCUACAUGAAUGGAGGCGCGCAACACAGUACUCUAGGUUUUUUGACCAAGCCUCACUGGAAAGCGUUGCCGGAAAGUUUGCCUCCACUAUGUAUGAGUUUCCCCCGCAGCACAACUACGGUUAUUGGCGUUUUUUUCAAUCAUACCGUGAAGACCCUUUGCUGGAGGCAAGGCAAUUCUCCAUCGCCCCCAUGGGGGCACGACGUCAGUGGACACUCUGCUACGAAGGGGCCCCGCUUGGCUCCAUUCACACCCAUUUUCUUCUUCACGCCGGCCAAAAGCAACCACAAAACAUCCGCGCAUUCAAUGGACUCAUGAAGAAGUUGAUCCUCAAAUGCAUUCGCCCUUCGCCCGGCAGAGGGGCAGCCGCAAUGUGCACAGCAGGGCUGGCAGCGGCGGAAAACGCGGGAUAUAGGAAUUGUUUUGAUAUUGCCUUUCUCGCGAGCAAACCCUGA